AGUAUAUUUGCAUCGUUUGAACAAGCUGCUGAUUUUUUUUAAAGCUAGUUGCUGCUUCUUAUUUCGUGAAAUUUUGAAAUUCAAGGCACUAUAACAAUAACAUUCACACUUUUAAGCAGUAAAUCUGUUAUGGAUGUUCAUAAAAUUGUGAUAGUUGGGUCGGGGUCUACUGGCAAGUCUAGCCUUUAUCAUCGAUAUUCGUCUGGAUCUUUUGAGAAUACACAGAAAGGAGACACUGACUUCAAGAUAUUCGAAACAAUUCUAGAUGGCAAUUUUCUUUCAUUUGGUUUGCUAGUUCCACCGGGACAGAAAGAUUUCGAGAAACUAAGAUCAUUCGCUUACUAUAAUGUAACAGCACUAAUUCUAUGUUAUAGUGUAGUUGAUAAAAAUUCAUUUGAAAACAUAAGUCAUUAUUGGAUAAAUGAAAUUCAAAAGGAUCUGGGAUCAUUAGUGCCUAUUGUAUUGGUUGCCACAAAAAUUGAUUUAAAGAACACCGAAAACUCUAAAUCUGUGAUUACCACAGCUCAAGGCGAGCAAUUAGCUAAAAAGAUUAAAGCAAGUAAUUUUAUUGAAUGUUCUGCUAAAGAAAACAUCGGAAUUAAAGAUGUCAUCGAAGGAGCCUUAAGAGCCUCGGAUGAAAGCUUGAAACUAAGCAUGUGUGAUGAAAAGAACAGGCGAUUCUCUUGUCGACCGUCUUAAAGGAGCUGAUUUGUGAUAAUUAAGUAAAAUUAAAGGUUGUGUCAUAUUUUGAAAUUUAGAGGUACUCAGGAGGGACUUUUGUAGCUUUGUAGGUUAGAAUUUGAUCAAAUUGUUAUGAAUUUUUGUACCUGGAGUCAUUUGAAGUGUCAAUUAAAUCUGUGCAUUGCAUGUGAGCCAAAUAAAACUACAAUACAAAAGCCCCUUCUUCCUGAAGACUAAGACAUAUUAUCUAAUUAUAUUCAGUUUUCUUUAAGAACAUUAACUUUUGAAACUAUUCAAUUUUAUAUCUAAUAAAACAUUUGAUUACCAA